GCGAGGCUAACGUAGGCAAACACAAAAUGGCGACCUCCACGCGGAAAGAUUAUUGUUGUGUGCCUUUGUGUAGAAGCGAUGCCCGGAGAGACUUUGACGUGUCUUUCCACCACAUCCCCAAGGAUGAGACCGCGAGGAGGCAGUGGAUAACUAACAUACGCAGAGAACCAGGAAAAACAUUCAGAAUAACCUCCAACACAGUUGUGUGUAGCAAGCACUUCAUGAAGGAGGACUUUAAGUGGACACCAAACAGAAGAACAUUAAAGCAAGGUGCUGCUCCCUCCUUGUUUGCGUGGACAGAAGGUGGUGCCACAGACGAGAAGUCAUCCUCUCGGAGACCGACCUUGUUACAGGAAGUCAUCCUCUCGGAGACCAUCUUGUUACAGCAAUGGUGAAGGAGAAUCUAUUGCACAAUCUGACAAAUCUCCUGCACGGAAACCACCCCAGUCACCAUCUCAGACACAAUCGAGGAUGUCACUAGAAGGAAGUGGAGAAAGUGAGUUUAGUAUCAUGAGGUGGACAGCGCUGGGAAAGGAGGUGUUGGAUAUGACUGCGCAGCGAGAGAAGACAGCCAGCAGCAGUAACGACGAAAUGGAUGACAGCAAAGACGACCCUCUCACAGGUCAGGGGAUCAUGUAUGAGAAUGGCGAGGUGAGCAUGACUGACAGUUCAGGAUUCAGGACCACUGACACAACGGCGGUGGAUGGUAAAGGCGGGGUUAAGGAUGAAGCGAAAAUGUCCGAGAUUCCAGUGGACAAUGGCAGUGAGUUGAGUCUGGAUGCAGAGAUCAAAUUGUUGUAUGGUAGCGAUGAGGAGAAGAAACCUGCUCCAGUUCGAGCAUCUAGUGUCCGGAGCAGUCUCAAGGAAGACAGUAUCGACAGUGUUACCGAGGCGUCGGUGUAUGGGGAGACUAGUGGAACAGACUCCAGUUCCAACUUUCCCGACAGUGACUUUUCCGAUAUCUCGCGUAAGAGGAAAAGAGGUCACAAGUCUAGUAGCAGACUUGAUAACCUUGUGAAGAAAAUAAUGAAGAGGUCGACUGAUCUCCCAAGGGAUAAACCAAGAGACAAGUCAUUAACCACCACCUCAAACGAAGGCACGCCUGAUGUUGCUAGUGAAAAUUCUCAGAGUGAUGCACCAGCAGCUGAUGAUGAUGCUCAAAGGUUGUUCCAGAUCAGAGCUUUUGCUGAAGGUCAAAUGUCCUGCGAGGAGUCUUCCUUACCUGAAAGUGAGGAGAGCGAGGAAUAUGAGGAAUAUUUUGUAUCACACCUGCACGCCAUGGAAGACGACAUGUCCUCAGAAUCAGAAGGAAAUAAGAAAACCGAAAAGGAUGAAGAUUACAUCCCUACAGAAGGCACUGAUGAUGCAGAGGCGGAAGAAGAAGAAGUUAAAUCUGAUGAUGGUUCCAACUACAGUGAUGAUGACUUUACUAGGUUGGCAAAGAAGAAAAAGAAGUCGAAAGCCAAGCCAUUUGUGUGUGGAGUCUGUAACAAGGACUUCAUCAGCGCUAAGAUGUUAGAAGGGCAUAUGAAGUGUCACAUUGAUCCUAAGUCUCUCACUUGUAAUGUCUGUGGCAAGCUGUUUGACUUUCCUUACAAGCUGAAGAACCAUGCCAAAGUGCAUAAUAAGUCAUUUGAGUGUGAUAUCUGUGGUCGGACAUUUAAUGACCGGGGAGGGUUCACUAGGCACAGGAACACACAUUCGUCAGAGAAAUAUACCAAUGAGCCGAGUUCAAAGGAAACACAGUCAAAGAGUGAUGCUUCAACAAAACCAAGCACUGUCUCUGCUCCAGCGAGAAGAUGA